AUGCGUGGAAACGUUGGUGGAGGGGAUGCGGAGAGCGAGACGGGAAAGGACCCAGUCGACCUGAUUGUCGAGACCACGGCUGCAAUUGCGAAGAGUACGACCGUCCUGAUGGGCAAGCAGAUUUCACCCGACGAUCGGAAAGACAUGGACCGAAUCAUCUACCGCGCACGCCAUCUCUUCAACCAACUCUGUCUCUUCGCCGCGGUAACUGCCACCGGAUCCACCGCUGGUUCUCUCACAGUACAUGAACGACACCUCCGUCCGAAUAUUCAUGUCGCCACGCAUUUUCCAGCCUUCGCCGAAGAGUAUGCGUCACCAGUUAACUGCAAUACCCUGACAGGGGAGAACCUCCACAGCAAAAUUCUCUCGCGAGCCGACCGUAACGGGUUGGAAGCUUUACAGGAAGCCGAAGAGCAUGAAAUCGACGUAGAUCAGUCGGCCGACGCGACACAUUUGGCGCCGUCCGCGAUCAACCGCAUUCCAACCGAAAAUGUUGCGACGCAUCCGGCCAACGAAGGCAAACGACUUCCAUUACGUUCGACUGAUGCAACACCAACUUGGCGCCGGUUGAUCCGGUUGGCUUACGAGCACGACUACGGCAAAGCCCGACAAUUCCCAUCCUUCUUCGAGAACCGAGCUGUCCAGUGGUCUCGGAAGUUCGGCUUUACGGACAGGGACUCAAACGAGCGGUUUACCUUCAGAGCUGGCGACUAUGUACAGUUUACCCGCGACGGAGGUGUCCAAUUCGGCCGGGUCGACCACAUCUUCGUACUCGAUAACUUUGCCGACCGACAUAUCUUCGUGGUGUUGAUCCCAUACAGUGGCCAGCUUUGCUCCCUCGGCGAAAAAAAGGACUUUCUCGACCCUCCUUACUAUGAUGCGUCCUUCACAACCCUGGAUCAGGGCUUAGAUGUCCUCGCUUCUCUGUUGGAAAUCUUUCAGGAUAUUUUCAUGGACUCAGAACCCGACGGUAGUAUAACUCCAGGGAUGUUCGUUGGGUUCGACCCUGUAGAAGACCAAAUCGAGGAGGGAGAACCUCCUGAAGAUGCUUCCGCGGACCCAGGAGGACCAUCGUCCGCGGUUGUUGUCCUUCUGCUAGCAUCUGUGGCCAUCGGCCUAGCCAUCCUGGCCCUUUUAGCCUUUCGCGACGGCAUCGACAGCCAUCAGUUUGGCACCAUCCUCUCGACAUACUCAACUUUGGCGGGUCCUUUGGCGAAAAGCUAUUUUCUCUUCCAGACUUUCUUUCUCUACGCUGUCUUCGGCACAGGAAGCCCCGACGUGGCACACCCUGGUUCGCCAACUCCCCAAACCCAACUUUCAUCCCCCGGAAGCAGUGGUGAGCCUCACGAGGUUGCCGUCAAUCAACUCAACGCAGAGUCAAGCACUCCAAGGAAAGAACAUGGAAGCUUCCACCAAAGUUUAUCGUCCUCGACACCAUCCGUGGAGGCGGAGACAUGGUCCGUUGCCCCAUCCUUGAAAAGCCCCGGACCCCGCGGCCUCUAA